AUGGAGCUGUCACCUGCCUGAAUCUGGAGCCUUUCCAGUACAUGUACUCUGUGCCCCACCAUGAGCUGUUUGGAUGUUAUGUACCACACGUAUGGAGCGCAUCAUCCUUACUUUACAACCACUCCAGCGUAUGCAACACAGGCUUUCUCAGUUUACCCGCCAGUGCAGGAAGUCACGAUGGAGGUCGUCCCCUGCAGCGCUGCCCAUCCUUCAGCCCCGAGCAAAGAGGACGCCCUGAGAGAGAAGGAGAGACCCGAGGCAGAGUACAUUAACUCCAAAUGUGUCUUGUUCACCUAUUUCAAUGGGGACAUCAGCAGUGUUGUCGAUGAACAUUUUACCCGAGCGCUAAGCAACUACAAUCCUGAAACUAGGAACUGCAAACUCAGGAAGUCUAGCUCGGGAUCAUCAGAGAGUUCUUCGCUCACUCAGCGCAAUUUCCCUGCAUCUUUCUGGGACUCUAAUUACCAGGCACCGCCCCCCCCGCCAGUCUCGGUCUCCGCCGCAGGGGCGAGUGGCGGCGGCAGCGGCAGCUUGAGUUCCCCACACUCGGAGCUUCACUUCGGAUCCACGGAGCCGUACCCGGCCGCUCUGCACCCACACCUGGCCCAGCCGCCGGAACAUUGGCACUACCCGCUGGCCGCUCCGCUCAGCCCGCAAGGCUCGGCGUACCACCACCCCAGGACUAUACACGAACUCUACCCGGUCAACCCCAACCUCGACCCCCGCUACAACUCUCUACUGGUGCCGGCCCUCCGCUCCAGCCGACUGCAACCGGCCCUCGCCGGCCAGGAGGCGACCUCCCCCUGGACGGGGGUCUUCCCGACCGCUGAAGUGACACAGACUUUAAACUUAAACGUGGAAGCAGCUCGUCGCUGCUGUCUACCCGGCGGACCUCUCUUCAGCUGAUUUUCUGGAGUCGAAUUUUGGGGGCCACACGCAGAGGGAACUUCCACCCAAACAAACCCCCCCUCCUCCACCCACCCCACCCCC